AGCCGGGGCGGACGGAGGGCCCGGGCCAGCCGCCCCCCAUCGGGCCCGACGACGUGCUGCGGCUCGGGAGCAUCACGGACGAUUACCUCUGCGCCCCGGAGGAGAACGUGUACAAGAUUGACUUCACCAGGUUUAAGAUCCGCGACAUGGAGUCGGGCACCGUCCUGUUUGAGAUCACCAAGUCUCCUGCUUCAGAGCGGGAUCGGGGGGACAAGAAGGAUGCAGACCCCAAUGCUGGGCGUUUCGUCCGCUACCAGUUCACCCCGGCGUUCCUCCGCCUGCGCCAGGUUGGAGCCACGGUGGAGUUCACCGUGGGAGACCGACCCAUCCACAACUUCCGCAUGAUCGAGCGCCACUACUUCCGCAACGAGCUGCUCAAAAGCUUCGACUUCGAGUUUGGCUUCUGCAUCCCCAGCAGCAAGAACACCUGCGAGCACAUCUACGAGUUCCCCCAGCUCUCGGAGGAGUUGAUCCGCGAGAUGAUCCGCCACCCCUACGAGACUCAGUCGGACAGUUUCUACUUUGUGGAUAACAAGCUGGUGAUGCACAACAAAGCGGAUUAUUCUUACAGCGGAGGCCCCUGACCCAAGGCAGAGCGGUGGAGCGGCGCUGCCUGCCACCAACCGCCGGGUCUCGCCCCCCUUCCCUCCGCACACGGCCGAGGACUCCCUCCUUUUUGGCAAGGGAUCCCGCCCCCCACCCUGCCUCUGCAUCCUCCUCCGGGCCACCUCGUCUCUGGUCCCUCCUCCUUCUCUUACCCGGCUCUGGAGCGGGACGGCGGGGAGGAAGGGGAUCCCCCAAGAUUUGAGGCUUUUCCCAUAUCCUGGGACGAUUCCCAGGCAAUAGCCCCCAUUCUGGGGCACCCCAGCAGGAGAGGGGAGACCCCAGGAGGGGCCAGGAGGCCUGGUUGGGUCACGUUGGCCAUUCUGCAGCCCGGCCAUCACAGCCCCACGCCGGGCUGCCUCCCUCCCGAGCUGGCGCCUGUGAGGACCAUUCCGCCUCCUGACGAAGGGCGCUUCCUUCUAGGCUGGGCCCGAAUCAGGGGCAGGACUGGCCCACCUCAGGCUCUGGAAGGUUAGAGGACCUCUGAGUGCCCUCUCCAGCAGUAGCUGCCCUAGUAGCCCAGCAACCAAGCGGGUUUAACCCGUCACUGGGGAGCUAGGAGGGGGAGACGGGAAGAAGGAAGUGGGAGAGAGGUGAUGAGGCCCCGGAUGGGCAGUUCCCAAGACUCAUCCGGCUCCCUGUCUGCCCCUUUCCUUUCCCUCUUUCAGUUUCUCCCAUCCCUUCCCUCACUGCUGCCGUUCUGUUUCUCUCCUUCCCGCCCUCUGGGCCCCCAGGGUGCUGGAUUCAGGGCCCUGCCUCUCACCCUCAAGGACGUUGAUGCCAGUAGAUUUGUGUCCAACCCUGGGCCGGCUCACCACCCAAUUUAGCGAGCUGGGCCUCGGGCCCAGACUACCCACCUGCACUGGCUUGAGGACGUCACUGCUUCUAGCCCAGAUCCCAAGUCCCCAGUGAGGCGUAAAUGGAAGAGGGCAGCUGCCCCGGGUAACCUCGCCGACCUCCCCCGUCCCUGGGAGCCGAGGCUUUGAUCCUUGUCUGGUCCCUAGCUUGAGAGAUAGAGAGCCAAACAGCCCGACCUCUGGCCCUCUUCUUGAACCUCUGCACUUCCCUGACUUUUAUGCAUCCUAGUGUGUGUGGCGGUGGGCCGAGUGGGGCGGAGAUGGGAUCCAAACCCGACUGAAGUUUGGGUUUGGGUUCCUAAGGACCCAGAGAGCUGACUGGGUCAGGGAAAGGCCAGGGUGAGGGGCUUGAGGAAUCUGGGGUCUCCUGCAUUUUGGCCUUGUUCAGAGCGGGGCUGUGGCCAACUGGGAAGGGGGUCUGGAUGCUUAGAGUGCUCUGGAAAGUGGGGAGGUGGGGCAUUUUCCGGGUCCAGUAUGGGGGCGGAUGAGGACUACCAUCACCUCUUCGGCCCCCUGAGGCAAAGGGCUCCCCAGGACCUUUCGGUCCAAGGUGUGUUUGUUUUUUUUUUGUGUGUGUGUGGCUGUCAUGGGGAGGUGGUCUCUCUGAAAGUCCAUUUUUAUAACUAAAACUUUCUGGUUUGCAGGCAGGGGGCCGAGGGGACCGCCUGGGUGAUGGGAGCCAUGUGUUUAAGUCAGGUUCCUCGAUAGAGAAAAAUCUCAGUAGGGUACUGAUUCCCGCCCACCCGCUUCUCCUGGAGAGCCCAACCAGGAAGGCCCUCAAGAGGUGGAACCCGACUUGGUGCCCGCCGGAGGGUAAUGGGGCAGCAGCAGGGGGAGAGGGGGUCCCGAGGGGGCAUUUUGGUCGGACGGGCUCCCAGCCCCCUGCACCUCGGGUUGGAGCUCUGGGAGGAAACCAAGUCGUUCAUCAUUGUCAGUAGAUGCUCUCUCCGCUCGCCUCCUGGGUGCAUUGGCCAGUGUUCACAAAGCAAUGAAAGCAUCGACCCAA